AUGUGUUCGGCGCUGGCCACUAAGCCGGUGUCGAAGCGUGCCCGCCGCGACUCGGACUCCGAAGGUUCGGACCCGGAUAAGCCGCAAGAGCACGCUCCGCUGCUGGACAUCGGCAAGAGACGCGAUCCCAUCGAUCUGCGGGCUGCAAUCGAGAACGACUCGGUGGAGUGUGAGAGGAAGGGCCUCUCCAGCUGGAAGCUGUCGCACGCGGGCGCUUCGGCGCUGCCCGCCCGCCACAUGUGCGUCAUCUGCGGGUUCUUCGGCAACUACAAGUGUAUGGACUGCGCGUCGAAGCGUAUAGCCGAGCUGCGCACCUAUGUCUGCGGCCCGCGGUGCCUCGAGAUCCACAAGGACCAGGGCUGCGGCCGUCCUCUGAACCUAACUCAUUGGUGA